UGUCGAAUCAUUUUAUACGAUAAUUUCAACCUCUAUUUCUCUAUUCGUGCAUGUAGUUUAUUGAAAGGGAAGACUGCAUUAAACGCUACGCUAUACGCGGUGUGUGAUCAUAUUUUGCUGUAGUAGAUUGUCACGAGCUGCGUCAUUUUUCCUCCCCCAAAAAAAAGACCUUCUAACAUUUUGGAACGAUACUUUGUCAUUUGUCGUCUGGCAACGCCGGCUCAUGUUUGUAUAUCUAGCAUGUGAAGCUACAUCCGUAACAUCUAUCGGAGCUCAGCGGAAUACGUCCUAUAAGUAUCAGAAUAGGAGAUGUAUGUAUGGAGAGAGGGCGAAAGCUUCGACGGUUGUUGUGUUUUACUGUAACAACAGCCUAACAGUGCGAAGGUUGUAUUUUUGACAUUUACAUUGUGCAACAUGACUUCAACUUGAAGAUCACGUCUGGCUGCAGGACACUGAGGCAGCAUGAAAAUGUCCACGUCUGAGCUCCCUGGUGGACCAUAGACCUGCAGCGUCUGAGAACUGUCUUGUCCCUUUUGAAGGAGACAGGAAUGUCGUAGCAGCACGUUUGCCCCAAGAUCAUGCUGGGCGCACUCCUCAGACGCAACAUGUCCCACAAGCUCAGCGUGCUGCUUCUGCUCUUCGGCCUGGCCUGGGGACUCCUCUUGCUGCGCUACACCCUGCAGCAGCCCCGCCACCAGACCAGCGCUCAGCUCCGCCAGCAGAUCCUAGAGCUCAGCCGGCGUUACGUCAAGGUCCUGACUGAGGAGAACCAGAGAGCGCCCGGCGGACCGCAGGGAACCACCAUGGCGGGUUACGCUGACCUGAAGAGGACGAUAGCGGUGUUGUUGGACGACAUUCUGGAGCGGCUGGUCAAGCUGGAGGGGAAACUUGAUUUGGCGGCCAACGCCUCCGUCACAAAUACCUCCCAUGGGGGCGUCCUGUCUUCCGCUUCCAGCGCCCCGCACAGACCCUCUAAGCAGGACCGAGCAGGAAUCCAUCCAGGAAUGUCACGCUUUAAACAUCCCCGUUCGCCCAGCAGCCAUCUAUGAGCUUUGUUUUGAUGCAUAUUGGCUCUUAGCUCCGCCCAUUUUUGCUGAAUCAUCCCAGGACGUCCUGACCGUGGAAGGAAGGGAAGCUUCUGAAAAGAAACCUCUUUUUAUUUCAAGCACUUGGUUUGCCAUUGUUCUAUCAUGGAGCAUUACUGGAUGGAUCUUUCAGGCAGAAACUCAAACACACUCUGGUCUGGGAUGCCCCGUUCUUCACUUAUUCACGAGUUCCUGCUUGAGUCGGCAUUCAGUGGAACCUCCAUUUACAAACUGAAUUGGUUCUAAACAGGGAUCUUAAAGGGGAAAUACGCUUUUUUCUAAUGUGCCUAUCAUUCACAAUCCUUAUGUAAGACAAGAACACAUGUUUUUCUUUUUUACGCAUUCUAACUUGUAAAUAAAUGGAGCCUAUAGGAGAAGCUCUACUCCGCCUAUAAAGUGCUUAAAAAAAACCUUCCAUCAAGGUUUAUGAUAUACAGUCAUGGCCAAAAAUAUUGGCACCCCUGCAUUUCUUCAGAUAAUGCACCACUUCUCCCAGAAAAUUGUUGAAAUUACAAAUGCUUUGGUAUUCACAUGAUUAUUUAUUUUGUUUGCAAUGGAACAACAACAACAAAAAAAGCCAAAUCUGAUAUUAUUUUACACAGAACUCCAAAAAUGGACUGGACCAAAUGAUUGGCAUCACACUUGCAGCCAGUUAAAAUUGAGAAAAGUUGACUCAACCUUUGUGUUGUGUGUACCACACUGAGCUUGGAGAAAAUAAAGAAGAGCAAAGAACUCUCAGAAGAUUUGAGAACCAAGAUUGUGGAAAAGCAUGAACAAUCUCAGGGCUACAAGUCCAUCUCCAGAGAUCUAAAUGUUCCUGUGUCUACUGUGCGCAAUGUCAUCAAGAAGUUUAAAGCCCAUGGCACUGUAGCUAACCUGCAUGGACGUGGACAGAAGAGAAAAAUUGAUGAAAGACUGCAACGAGGGAUUGUUAGAAUUGUGGAUAAAGAACCUCGAUCCACUUCCAAACAAAUUUAAGCUGACCUGCAGACACAGGGUACAACAGUGUCAGCUCGCACUAUCCGUCGCCAUCUCAAUGAAAAGGGACGCUAUGGUAGGAGACCCAGGAGGACACCGUUGCUGACACAGAGACAAAAAAGCAAGACUGGAGUUUGCAAAAACUUACCUGAGGAAGCCAAUUUUUUUCUGGGAGAACGUCCUGUGGACAGAUGAGAUUAAAGUGGAGCUUUUUGUUAAAGCACAUCAUCACACAGAAAACGAAAUGAGGCCUUCAAAGAACAGAACACCAUUCCUACAGUCAAACAUGGUGGAGGUUCACUGAUGUUUUGGGGUUGCUUUGCUGCUUCUGGUACCGGAUGCCUUGACUUUGUGCAUGGCAUCAUUAAAUCUGAGGACUACCAAAGAAUUUUGGGGCAUAAUGUAGGGCCCAGUGUCAGAAAGCUGGGUCUCCGUCAGAGGUCAUGGGUCUUCCAGCAGGACAACAACCCAAAGCAUACUUUAAAAAGCACACAAAAAUGGCUUAAGACAAAACGCUGGAGAGUUCUGAAGUGGCCAUCAAUGAGUCCAGGUCUAAAUCCUAUAGAACAUCUGUGGACAGAUCUAAGAACCACAGCUGGGAGAAGGCACACUUCAAAUCUGAGAGACCUGAAGCAGUUUGCAAAAGAAGAGUGGUCCAAAAUUCCAGUAGCAAGGUGUAAGAAACUAAUUGAUGGUUACAGGAAGCGCUUGAUUUCAGUUAUUUUUUCCAAAGGGUGUGCUACCAAAUAUCAAGUUGAGGGUGCCAAUAAUUUUGUCCAGUCCAUUUUUGGAGUUCUGUGUAAAAUAAUCAGAUUUGGCCUUUUUUGUUGUUGUUGUUGUUGUUCCAAUGCAAACAAAAUAAUUAAACAUGUGAAUACCAAAGCAUUUGUAAUUUCAACAAUUUUCUGGGAGAAGUGGUGUGUUAUCUGACAGAAAUGCAGCAGUGCCAAUAUUUUGGCCAUGACUGUAAUAAGUGUAUAAUCAUAAUACUUUGUAAUACUGACCAAUUUUAAACAUUUCACAAACGCACCACAACGUUCACUUUUUCCUUUGACAACAUCAGUGAUUAUUACUCACUGCAGACUUGAAGAGAACCAACAAACAUAAUAAAAAAUCACUUACUGUACAUGGUCUGAUCUCACUGGGAUGUUGAUAUAUUCCUAUUUACAUGAAGAAUGACUCCUAAUCCUCCAAAAGCAAAAAGGGGUGUGGAACUAAGUGUCUUCCCGGGUCUAAAUUGGACGCCACAGUUAACCAACUUGUCGGAUUAUGUCCUCAUCCUUCUACUAUCCAGGUGAGAGGCAUGAUUUAUGAUCUACCAACAACUUUCACGAGCACCAAGGCAAAAAAAAGCCGCUCAGAGCCGAUGAUGUCAACAUAGCCACACAAGCUAGUUAGCUCUCUGGGUUUAACAGCGCUUCUAAAAGUAGUUCCUCUGUCUUAGCGCUUAUAAUAACAGUAUCGCUAAAUGUGAAUAGAGUAUUGUUGGUGGAAUUGAUGAUGGAUUGUUGACUCCACUGUAAGCAGAUUUGUAUUUACUAGUUACAAUGCAAUAAAAAAAAAAAAAAAAACAUCUGUCUUCUCAUCUUAAGGAUUGUGAUUUCCAAAAAAGUGCAGCUCCCUUUUCAAUCUAAAAGUUUGUAAAGCAUUUAUCCAUAAACAAUGAAAAUAUGAGUAAUGGGUUCCACCCUCGACAACAUUUUAGGGAAGGUUUGUACACUUUGAACAUAAUAUAAAGUGCUAUACACUUCUGUAUAUCAAACAUAACAAGGAAGUGGUGGAUCAGCUGUCAACAACGACAAGCUAAACUGUGCAGUAUGCGCUUCUCUGCACACACACAGAAGUCCCUGUGGUGCCCUGACAAACAAUCCUUAACUUUAACAACCAUAUUGCUCCAAAACUAAACAUUUAAAAAGGUUAAAGUCGCAAGCAAAGAGCUCAGUUUCAUUUUGCUCGUGUUUACAACUGCUUAUUUCGACGGGCUACGCUGGACAACGACAUUGCGUCAACCUGCUGAGCUUUCUCCUAGCUGUGUUUAAAGCGUCGCUCGGAACAACAUCAAAAGCCGUCUUCGCUCAUACUCUGUGAUUCCAGGGACCGCUAAAUGUUUGCGCCCCAUUGAGUAAAAAGUGUCCACAGAGGUACAUUUCAGAGGAUGAAGCCUAUUUGACACUGAAGUCAUGUUCCUGGAUGUAAAGCAAUGGUUUGCCGUUUCCUCCUCUUCACUCCAUGGUACGAAUGUAGUGCAUAGUCAGCAAUUAGCACCGACCAUCUGCUUGCAGGACACGUUCAGGGUUCAUGCUGCACUGGGACUUCUGCAGACCUUUUCUAAAAAUACCAGGCUGGUCCACUUUUGGUGACAAUGUACGUGGGAGGUGAUUGUCACACGCUGGAAUAGUCUUUCUAUCAUGGCCAAUAGUUGUCAAAGUCUCAUUUAUUCUGCUUACAAACGGACGUCACACUCUGUAACAAUCUUACACCGCCAGACUCAAUAAACGUUGGAGUUCCAUUGUCUUUGAUUUUUAGCAGUGCAGUGAAUGUAUUGGAGUAGAAAAUAAUGAGGAGUUG